AUGGGCGGCAUUACGGGUGAGAAUUCUGCGCAGUGGACGGAACUCCGGGAGGAGGGAAAUAAGGCGUUUAAGGCCGGCAGCUUCGACACUGCCAUUCUGCGUUACACUCAGGCAAUUGAGGUCAAUCCAAAAGAGCCGGCUCUAUUUUCGAAUCGUAGUGCGGCCCACUUUAAAAAGGGCGACUUUGAGGCUGCCGCCCAAGACGCUGAGGCAGCAAUCACGGUCGACAAAACGUUUUCCAAGGCCUACUCACGUCUUCACAAUGCUUACUGCAACUUAGGGCGUUUUCAGGAGGUUGCGCAGAGACUAAAUGAAGGCGUCGAGGCGCUAAAGAGUUCUGGCGCAUCCAAAGAAGAAAUAAGACACGUACACGAACUUUACCUGAAUGCAGAGGAGGGAAGUAAGGCGAUCGAAAAUGGACAACGGUUUUUGGAGGAGCGAGACUUUGCAGCGGCGGAACGGUGUCUGGCGUCGACAGCGCGAUCUUUUCCUGAUUGCGCCCCUGUUGCAUUCAUUUUUGGCGAGGCCCGAGCCCCGCAACAACCUGAGGAGGUCAACCGUGCCCUUGUGCGGUUUGCUCAGAAACACGAGGAAGAUCCUUCCUACUUAUAUGUGCGGGCCCUAUCCAACUAUUACCGCGGCCAAGAUGGCUUUAAAGUGGCCCAAGGCAUUUCUUCGUCAGGCAUGGA